GAGCCAGCCAUGGCGACUCCCUCUGCUGCCUUUGAGGCCCUUAUGAAUGGAGUGACAAGCUGGGAUGUCCCUGAAGAUGCCAUCCCAUGUGAAUUGCUUCUAAUUGGAGAGGCCUCCUUCCCAGUGAUGGUGAAUGACAUGGGCCAGGUCCUCAUUGCUGCCUCUUCCUAUGGCCGAGGUCGCCUGGUGGUGGUAUCCCAUGAGGACUACUUGGUAGAAGCCCAGCUCACUGCCUUUCUCCUCAAUGCAGUGGGUUGGCUCUGUUCUUCCCCUGGGGCUCCCAUUGGUGUACAUCCAUCCCUGGCACCUCUGGCCAAAAUCCUUGAGGGUUCUGGGGUGGAGGCGAAGAUUGAGCCGGAAGUGAAAGAAUCCCUCGGGGUUUACUGCAUUGAUGCCUAUAAUGAAACCAUGACGGAAAAAUUGGUCAAGUUUAUGAAACGUGGAGGGGGCUUGCUCAUUGGAGGCCAGGCCUGGGACUGGGCCAACCAGGGCGACGACGAAAGGGUGCUUUUCACAUUCCCUGGCAACCUCGUGACCAGUGUGGCCGGCGUGUACUUCACCGACAACAAAGGGGACACAAGUUUCUUUAAAGUCUCCAAGAAGAUGCCCAAGAUCCCAGUCUUAGUUAGCUGUGAAGAUGAUCUCUCCGAGGACAGAGAGGAGCUCCUGCAUGGGAUUUCAGAGCUGGACAUCAGCAACUCAGAUUGCUUCCCCUCCCAGCUUCUUGUGCAUGGUGCUCUAGCCUUUCCCCUGGGGUUAGAUUCCUAUCACGGCUGUGUCAUAGCGGCUGCUCGCUAUGGCCGGGGCCGGGUGGUUGUGACUGGCCACAAGGUAUUAUUCACCGUGGGAAAACUGGGCCCCUUUCUGCUCAAUGCUGUUCGCUGGCUGGAUGGAGGCCGCCGAGGCAAGAUCGUGGUGCAGACGGAACUCAGGACACUGAGCGGCUUGCUCGCAGUCGGGGGCAUAGACACCAGCAUUGAGCCCCAUCUGACCAGUGAUGCGAGUGUCUAUUGCUUUGAACCCGUGAGUGAUGUGGGGGUCAAAGAGCUGCAGGAGUUCGUAGCUGAGGGUGGGGGAUUGUUUGUUGGAGCCCAAGCCUGGUGGUGGGCCUUCAAGAACCCUGGAGUGUCUCCUUUGGCUCGGUUCCCAGGAAACCUCCUCCUCAACCCCUUUGGCAUCAGCAUCACAAGCCAAAGCCUUAAUCCAGGGCCCUUCCGUACGCCUAAAGCAGGGAUAAGGACCUAUCACUUCCGCACCACACUGGCCGAGUUCCAAGUCAUAAUGGGCAGGAAAAGAGGGAACGUGGAAAAGGGCUGGUUGGCCAAGCUGGGGCCAGACGGUGCGGCUUUCCUGCAGAUCCCCGCCGACGACAUCCCUGCAUAUAUGUCUGUGCAUCGGCUCCUGAGGAAGCUGCUGAGUCGGUAUCGGCUCCCAGUCGCAACCCGAGAGAACCCUGUUAUCAAUGACUGCUGCAGGGGGGCUAUGCUUUCCCUGGCCACUGGCUUGGCCCACUCUGGAAGUGACCUCUCUCUGUUAGUGCCAGAAAUUGAAGACAUGUACAGCAGCCCCUAUCUGCGCCCCUCCGAGUCUCCUAUCACCGUUGAGGUCAACUGCAACAAUCCAGGCACCAGAUAUUGCUGGAUGAGCACCGGGCUCUACAUUCCUGGAAGGCAGAUUAUAGAGGUCUCGCUGCCUGAAGCCGCUGCCUCUGCUGAUCUGAAGAUACAGAUCGGCUGCCACACGGAUGACCUGACCAGAGCCAGCAAGCUGUUCCGAGGUCCGCUCGUGAUUAACCGGUGCUGCUUGGACAAGCCCACCAAGUCCAUUACCUGCCUCUGGGGCGGUCUGCUCUAUAUCAUCGUGCCACAGAGCAGCAAACUGGGCUCUGUGCCCAUCACUGUUAAGGGGGCUGUGCAUGCCCCAUACUAUAAGCUGGGGGAGACCUCCCAGGAGGAGUGGAAGAGACACAUCCAGGAGAAUCCAGGUCCCUGGGGAGAGCUGGCUACGGACAACAUCAUCCUGACAGUGCCAACCGCCAACCUCCGAACGCUGGAGAACCCCGAGCCGCUGCUUCGCCUCUGGGACGAGGUGAUGCAGGCCGUGGCACGGCUCGGGGCCGAGCCCUUCCCUCUGCGUCUGCCUCAGAGGAUCGUUGCUGACGUGCAGAUCUCAGUUGGCUGGAUGCAUGCGGGGUACCCCAUCAUGUGCCAUCUGGAAUCUGUGCAAGAGCUCAUCAAUGAGAAGCUGAUCAGAACCAAGGGGCUGUGGGGACCCGUCCAUGAGCUCGGCCGCAACCAGCAGCGGCAGGAGUGGGAGUUCCCCCCACACACCACCGAGGCCACCUGCAAUCUGUGGUGUGUUUACGUGCAUGAAACAGUCUUGGGCAUCCCUCGAGGUCGUGCCAAUAUUGCUCUAUGGCCCCCAGUUCGAGAGAAGAGAGUCCGAAUCUACCUGGGCAAGGGUCCCAAUGUGAAAAACUGGAAUGCGUGGACUGCCCUGGAAACGUAUCUACAGCUACAGGAGGCCUUUGGUUGGGAGCCAUUCAUCCGUCUCUUCACUGAGUAUAGGAACCAGACCAACUUGCCCACAGACAAUGUGGACAAAAUGAAUCUGUGGGUGAAGAUGUUCUCCCACCAAGUGCAGAAGAAUCUGGCUCCGUUCUUUGAGGCCUGGGCCUGGCCUAUCCAGAAGGAAGUGGCUACCAGCCUGGCCUAUCUGCCUGAAUGGAAGGAAAAUAUUAUGAAAUUAUACCUCCUCACACAGAUGCCCCACUGAAAUUGAAGUCAAGAAAUGCAAAAGAGAAGUGAAAACAUUUCGGCAAAGAAAACUGAGCAGAUUUGAUUAUAAGUGAAGAACACCUCAACACAUUUCUGGAAGAGAGAAAGUGGAUGAAGCAUGACAAUGAAUGAAAGACUGAAGGUAUCUUUCAGACAGAAGAGAAGCUGAUCUGAGCA